CUUUCUGUUCUACCAAGUAACAUCUUAAACAUGCUCUGUCUUCUCCGUGAUCUAUUCCUGCGACGCCUUCCUCAUCCCUCUCCCGUAUCACCGGGCCUUGAUGAUCACCAGUCGCUUUGCCCCUAACAGCCGCUUUUCUCUCUCGCUCACCUCUCCUGUUCCCAUCUCUUUCAUGAGCGACCCUCUUGCUGUACAACUCAACGAUCUUGCUACAGCAAACUCCGACGGUCUUCUCAAUGAAGAGGAAUAUCGCCUCCUGCGUCAGAAUUUAUUUGAACGGUACGCCGGAGGGACUGAAGUGCCCUCCGUCAAUACUUCUUUCUCACUGAAGCCUCGAACUAUCGAACCCACUUUGAAAAGAGUCGAGUUCGUGCAGCAAACACCUUCAAGACCACCCCAUCACCGUUCCAAGCUCUCUGGGGUUGCACUGCUCCUUCGACGUGCUGCCAGUCGCAAGGCGGUGCCGGGUCCUUCCUCCCCUCACAAUGUCAUCAGAUUGAAUCUAUUUCCACGAGUGUUCUCCAAAAGGCGGGCCGGCGAAUCUCUAGACAAACCAAGGUCCUCUGCCGAAAUGAAGGGAGCAUCCAGCCCAACUCGUCUGCCACAACCCAAGGACAAGUUCGAUAUAUCAAUGGCAUCUCCAUCGAGAUCUGCAUAUGCGACUCGUCCAUCGAACGAUGUGAUCCCGCAGGUGAACGUCGACACAUUCGACGACAGCAAUCUGCACACGGUUGAGGACAUUCAGAAAGCCAUUUAUAUCGUCGAGGAAGAGAGCCGUCGCCUGAUUGCGGCCUUCAAUAACCUCGAAACCAGUGCAGUCAUACGAUAUCGGCAAUUGCACUCAAGCUCGCCUGCUUCUAAUCACCGGCCGCAGCCUAGCCUGUCUCAUUCUCGAUCAACUGUCUAUCACAUGUCCCCCAGAUCAACAUCUGUACCAGACACCCAAUCUGUGCGAUCUAGCAGUUCUCUUCGGACUACGAAGUCGACAGCAUCCCUGUUCCAAAGUGCUGAGGCGCCCCCCUCUUCUUUACCCCGCACAACCACACAGAUAACCCGCAAGGGAUCCAUAUCGUCUCUCUCCUCCUCGUUUCUCAGUGUUGGGCGCUCGGCAGUUGCCGGGCUGAGCCACAACCGUUCUGUGUCACAUGCCAGUCACAGCGCUACCCACCUCCCCCUCCGCACCGCCGGAACAAUGAUGGAGAUACUCAAUCCAAACACACCGCUGGGAGAAGGCGGCGGCGAACUUGCUGACGUCCGCCGGAGACGACAGGAAGUGAUGGACAGGUGCGAAGCCCGGCUGAGCUUUCUGCGCGCCAAGUUGAAGAGUAUCGAGCUGCGCGCGAAACUGAUGCGGCACUGA